AUGUCCGGCCAAAGCACCAAAGUAAUCAGCCCGGCAACGCUUGCCCAUGUGGUGCUUCGCACAGCCAACUUCAAACAAAUGCUAGACUACUACAAAACCUUCCUUGGCGCAGGGGCAAGCUACGAGAAUGAAAUGCUGUCCUUCCUAACCUACGACGAGGAGCACCAUCGCAUCGCCAUCAUGGGCGUGCCCGGCACAGGCGAUAAGAAACCUGGUACUGCUGGGUUGAAGCACAUCGCUUUUACCUCCAAAACCCUCGAUGAUCUUGAGCAUAACAUACUCCUCACCGUAUGCAUCAACCAUGGCCCUACAACCAGCAUAUAUUACAUAGAUCCCGAUGGCAACAUGAUCGAAACACAGGUAGACAACUUUGACACAGCUCAAGAAGCUACAGGCUUCAAUCCAGAAGGCCUUAUCCGCCGGACCGAGAGAGGCGAGUUUGUCGAAUGA